ACUAGUGUAAACUUCCACACAACGGAACAACCAUAAAAAUCAUUGUUCCUCUAAUAAUUUCUCUAAUUUCGCUUUUACUCUUACCAUUUUCAUCAACAUCACCACCACCACCACCAGCACCAGCACCACCACCAGCACCAGUAGCUUCCGUGCUUAUAAAUAGAGGCACCCGCCAGCCAUAUACCCAGCAUCUCGUACACAACUUUCUUGGAUCUUUCUCCCAGUAUUAUACUCUCUUUCUUCUUCGAUCUUUACCCUCUUCCUCUAAUCUUUAAAGAUGUCUCCUAACGCAACAAUGGAACCUCCCAUGGACUCCAAAGCCAGGGCAUAUGUGACUUUCUUGGCUGGCAAUGGGGAUUAUGUGAAGGGUGUGGUAGGCUUAGCCAAGGGUUUAAGGAAGACAAAAACUGCAUACCCUCUUGUGGUUGCUGUUUUACCUGACGUCCCAGAGGAGCACCGCCAGAUUCUUGAAUCUCAGGGCUGUAUUGUCCGUGAGAUUGAGCCCGUGUACCCACCGGAGAGCCAGACCCAGUUUGCCAUGGCUUAUUAUGUGAUUAACUACUCAAAGCUGCGUAUUUGGGAGUUUGUUGAGUAUGAAAAGAUGAUAUACUUGGAUGGAGAUAUACAAGUCUUUGAGAAUAUUGAUCACCUAUUCGAUUCACCAAAUGGGUAUUUCUAUGCUGUUAUGGAUUGUUUCUGCGAGAGGAAUUGGAGGUUCUCUCCACAAUACAAGAUUGGUUAUUGCCAACAGCGUCCUGAAAGGGUUCAAUGGCCAAAGGAGAUGGGCUCUCCGCCUCCUCCCUACUUCAAUGCUGGUAUGUUUGUGUUUGAGCCUAAUCUUUUGACCUACUCUGAUCUCUUGGAGACCCUCAAAGUCACCCCUACAACUUCUUUUGCUGAGCAGGACUUUCUGAACAUGUACUUCAAGGAUGUGUACAAGCCAAUCCCUCCAGAGUACAAUCUUGUUUUGGCUAUGCUUUGGCGCCACCCUGAAAAUGUGGAGUUCGACAAAGUUAAAGUUGUCCAUUAUUGUGCAGAUGGUGGAAAGCCAUGGAGGUACACAGGGAAAGAAGAGAACAUGGACAGAGAGGACAUAAAGCUGCUGAUGAAGAAAUGGUGGGAUAUAUAUGAGGAUGAGUCAUUGCACUACAAGAAUGCUACGGCUGAUCAUGGAAAACUUGGCUCCAUAAUUGCUGCACUGACUGAGGAAGAAGUGGUUGAUCACCAGAGAAGUGCUCCAUCUGCUGCUUAAUUAAAAAAAUACAUUAAUUCUAAUUACUAUAGACAAUAGUACUUAGUUCUUGAGCAGUAGAGUGCAUGUUUUAAGGUAUGAUGUACUAGUGGCUUGUGUUGUGUUAAUUUAUACAUGGUAAUUGCAACCUUGGCACCUAAAAUAAUCCAUGUAAUGUAUUAAUCAUCAAGUUUGAUUAUUAUUAUUAUUAUUAUUAUC